CCGUCACUUCCGGAAUCUCCGCGUGGACCGGCUGGGAAGGACUCCUUCAACAUGGCUUCCGCAAAGCCGAGUCUAGCGCUGAACCCGCAGGAAGAUGUGAAGUUUCAGAAGAUUCUAACAGAAGCCAAACAGCUCGCGAAAAAGCAAAAGAAGAAAGAAAAAAGUCUUAAUCCUGGAGUGAUCUUUGUGGGCCACCUGCCAGGAAUAUUUUCUGAAUGUCACCUCUAUGAGUACUUUACCCAGUUUGGCACUAUUAGCAGAUUCAGACUGUCCAGAAGUAAACGGACUGGAAACAGCAGAGGGUAUGGUUUUGUGGAGUUUGAGUCUGAGGAUGUUGCCAAGAUAGUUGCAGAAACAAUGGACAACUACCUUUUUGGUGCAAGACUUUUGUCGUGUAAAUUUUUGCCACCAGAAAAAGUCCAUAAGGACCUUUUUAAAGAGUGGAAUGUUCCCUUUCAUCCACCAUUAUUUCCGGCAGUGAGUCGCUAUAAUCAGAAACGGGACCAUUUGCAAAUGUUGAAGAUGGAAUAUCGGUUCAAGAAGAAGGAAAAAUUACUCCGGAAGAAACUAGCUAAGAAGGGGAUCGAUUAUAGUUUCCCAUCGUUGGUCUUACCUAAUCCAAAGAAAGGGGCUUCACAGGGCACUGAGGAGUCCAAGGGUAACCAGGAUCCCACACCAGUUUGUACACCAACAUUUUUGGAGAGACGAAAAUCACAAGUGACCGAAAUCGAUGACAGUAAAGAUGAUGAAAUCAUUUUCAAACAGCCCGUGCCCACAGUGAAAGAAGAGGCAGAAAAGACUCCAACACCUGCACGCUCUGGGACAAAAAGACCAAGGAAAAGGAAGAGCAGCCAGUGACCCUGAAAGCACGCUGUGUUGUCUCCAGGCAGAUGUGGUUUUGUUAUAAAGGCCUACAUAUGUUACUGGUGCAGCGACAUGCAAGCCACUGACGAGAUUAUUGGAGGAAAAACACAUGUUCAUGCCAGUGAGGCACGCCAUCAUGAAGUUGGCUGUUGUGCCCUCUUCUGGCCUGAGUUUUAUUCAUGCUUCACAGCUGCCUUAGUUUCCUCUGCCUGUAUCGCAUUACAGACUUAAAUACCACCAGUGCUGUGGACUUAAAACCCCAAAGAAUAUGGCAGGCUUCAACCUUAGACCCCAGAAACUGGACAUUAAAUACACAUACAGAGAACGAGAAGGCAGAUCGCGUGUGAAUACACAUUUGCACAAGUGCUGUAAGAAUCUGGAAUAACUUGUUUUCAUACAUAAUUACGGUGAGCUAGUUUCGGUUUGACAGAUCAGUUUCAGCAGGUGUAGUCAAGAUUCAAACAGUGACCAAACUUUUCUACCAUUUAUCCGUGUACAAGAGAACCGAAAAGCUUUGUGUAUUGGUGGGGAGGGGGUCCACCAUCUGUUUGUUGCUGUGCUUUUGUAUUGCUCAUGCAGGUUUGUUAAUAUACCUGUCAAUCACCA